GGGCAGCAUCCUGGGCAUCCCCGCCGAGAAGCCGCCCGCAGCGCUGGGCCACACCCGCCGCCCGUUGCCACCAGCAGGAAGGAGCAGGAGCAGCUGCUGCAGGGUCGGCCCGACCAGCCGCGGAACCCCAAGGUCCUGCGAAUCGCCAUCAUCGGGGCGCCCAACGCGGGGAAGUCCACGCUGUGUAAUCGGCUCUUGGGCAGGAAGGUUUUCCCCGUCUCCAAGAAAGUGCACACGACGCGAUGCAAAGCCCGGGGUGUUGUCACCUACGAGGACACACAACUGAUCAUUCUGGACACACCUGGCCUCACUAAUGCCUUUAAAGUCAAAAGACAUAAACUGGACGAAGCCAUGCUGACAGACCCGUGGGACAGCAUGAAACACGCGGAUUUAGUUGUGGUUUUGGUGGAUGUGUCUGAUCACUGGACGCGAAACUCCCUGAGCAAGGAGGUGCUGAAGUGUCUGUCUGACUUUCCCCAGGUCCCCAGUGUCCUGGUUCUGAACAAGGUGGAUCUGCUAAAGAAGAAGUUUAUCCUGCUGGAACUAGUUAAUGAGCUAACGGAGGGGAUUGUAAAUGGAAAGAAACUGGAAAUGAGAGCUGCAUUUGAACAGAAUUCCAGUUCUCCAGCAAAGUCUCCUCUUCAGAUCACUUGGGCAUCUCCACCUGAGAACAGGACCCCUGAGUCAAGCCCAGGUCAAGCCCAGGGUGGCUCUUGCUUGGACAACAGUGGUGUGAAGGCUUCAGAGUCCAGCUUUGUCACAGAAAAACCACAAAGGCCAGCUCACGGUGGACCCAGAGAUCUGAAAGACAGGAAAGGCUGGCCGUGCUUCCAGGAGAUUUUCAUGCUGGCAGCUCUCCAUGGCGAGGAGGUGGAUACACUCAAGCGGUACCUCCUCAUGCAAGCCAAGCCGGGCCCUUGGGAGUUUCACAGCAGGGUCUUGACGAGCCAGUCGCCUCAAGAGAUCUGUAAUAAUAUCAUCAGGGAGAAGAUACUGGAGUACCUGCCACUGGAAGUGCCCUACGGCGUGAUUCAGGUGACAGAGAUAUGGGAGGAAGGACAGAGUGGGGAGCUCCUCAUCGUGCAGAACCUCCUGGUCCCAAAGAAGUCUCAUAUGAUGAUGUUGAUUGGAAGAGGAGGGAAGGUCAUCAGCAAGAUUGCUCAGGAGGCUGGCCAGGACCUGAUGAACGUUUUCCUCUGUGAUGUCCGCUUGAAGCUCAAGGUGGAGAUGAAGAGUUGA